AUGAGCUCAGGAGACGACGGGCUCGUCCAUGCAACAUCAUUAUCAGCCCAACGUAUCUUACCCUUAACCGCCGAGGCCGUCUCCCAAGUUCGCUCAUCCAAGCAUGUCACCUCCUUGACGCAUGUUGUGCUCUCUUUGCUGGAAAACAGUCUCGAUGCUAGAGCCACCAGGAUUGACAUCUCCGUUGACUGGAGACGAGCUGGCUGCACACUUGACGAUAAUGGCGUUGGAAUACACUCCUCAGAAUUUGACCCUAAUGGAGGACUGGGCAAGCUUUAUUGUACCUCGAAGCAUCGUGGAAGUCCGCACCCCAUUUACGCCACGCAUGGCUCAACCGGAACAUUCUUGGCAGAGCUUGCGGCCUUGUCCCUCCUAUGCAUCACUUCAACGCACGAGGCAGACGCGACCACUUCCAUUCUCACCCUGCAUCACGCUAAGGUCAUUGCGCGUGAUGCCAAGCCCGGUGAAACAUCGGGCUUCUCUGCCCUCCAUCAGCGGCAUGGUACGAGCAUAUCUGUUCGGGACCUCUUUGGCAGCAUGCCCGUGAGGGUUAAGCAGCGCGCUCUUGCCGUACACGCCGCUUCCGACGACAACAAAGACUGGCUCGAGCUCAAACGAGGCAUCACAAGUCUCAUUCUCGCUUGGCCGCACUUCUGUACAGUCAAGCUAAGCGAUGUCAACGCCAAGGCGAGAAGCGUCACUAUGUCCAGCAGCAAUGCGAACGCAUUGGCACUGACGGAGAAGAGCCUGAAUAGUCUGGCAGGGAACAUUGUCAAGCAUGACAUCCGCCAUGUGCUUCCAGUCUUGUUCCAAGCUGGCUUUGCGUCACCAGACUCUCGCAGCACUUGGAUCCCUCUCUCAGCUGCCACUUCCGCCGUCCGUCUCAAGGGCAUGAUAUCCCUCGAGCCUGCGCCGACGAAGCAAUGUCAAUUCAUUGCGAUUGGCAUUACUCCAUGUAGUCGUGCUGGCGAGCAUAAUGAAUUCUACAACGCCGUAAACAAAGUCUUCCUCGACAGCAGCUUUGGCAGCACUGAAACGUCUGUCGAAGAGGAAGGUAGCAGAUAUCGAAGUAAGAAGGGAAACUCCACGCUAGUGCAGCUCAAAGCCCAGAAGGGUGUUGAUCGCCACCCAAUGUACUUCAUCAAGCUCGAAUUACUGAGUGGUACCUCCAAGUCGAGCGCCAGUUCUGACUCCCUUGGUGGAGCCAUUCUACAUUCUCUCACCGAAAUUCUGGAGGCUGCAGUAACGGCCUGGUUGGAGCGCCACCUUUUCCGACCCAGAAAGCGAAGAAGACGACACAAGGAAAAUUACCGCACACCUACUCGGCUGUCUACUCGCUUGUCGGAAUCGCAAUCAACUUCACGGGACUCUAGUCUGGACCCAAUCAGCUCACGCGAUUCACGAGCUCAUUUUCGCCAGGCGGACAUUGAUGCUCAAGGUGGCAAGCAGCGUCAGCUUGUUGAUAUUUCGGAAACCGAACAGCAGUCAUUGGUGCCUGAGCUAGCAAGCACCAAUCAUGGAUAUCAGGAGCUUAGCAAAGUCAGUGGCUUCAGAAUAGGCAGACCUAGACCGCAAACACAAGUGCAGCAAGCCAGCCCAAGUGAAGCCCGCAUGGACGCCAAACAUCGCAGAAGUCCACCACCGGAACCUGCUCAAGGGGAUCGUCCAAAAACACCUAGACGAGUUCGACCACCUAGCAUCGAAGCUGAACAAUACAGCAGGGCUGACAAGAGCGAGACAUUUUCGGCUCAACUUGCAAAAGAAGCAGCUCGACCGAGCAACUGUCAGCCAAGCGACGACUUCGGCGAAGUCGACGAGGAUUGUCUAUUGGCUGCAGCGAACGCUGUCGUGGGCGAAGAUCACUGCAAUGGCGCCGCUGAAGACAACGCCAUCGUCACUUGGACCGACCCCGCUACAAAACAGCUCUUUCGCGUCAACUCGAGGACUGGUGUCGUUCUGCCGUCGACAGCUCAACAAGGCAGCCACUCCGUUGGUCCAAACUCCGGCGCACCUCCACGCCAGCGAGCAGGAAUUGAUACUGCACUUUCGUCAGCUGGCAAGCCAAUCAGUCUUGCACGCAGAAGCGCGCUUUCGAAAGAUAGCCCAUGCUCCAGGCCCGGCUCGUCAUGGCUGCCAGGGUUCCUCAAGGAGUGGAACAAUCCAGUCUUUGCGCAGCGCCUAGAAGAAUCAAUCCCAGUGGCAUCCGUUGAUGGACCAGGUCUGCUCGAAAAUGAGGCAAUGAACAGGUUUUGCUCGCACAAUGGGAAGUACAACACGACGAAUGACGGCUCUGGCGCCGGUACCAAACUCUCCAAAUCCGAUCUACAGCAAGCACGUGUGAUAGCUCAGGUUGACCAGAAGUUCAUCCUAGCCAAGUUACCGGAUACACUCGACGACUCUGCCGGGAAAGGCACGUCCUUGGUGCUCAUAGAUCAACACGCCGCCUCUGAGCGUGUCAUCCUAGAGUCCUUAUUCGAUCAACUCUGCGACGUCCAACCACCUGCCACCGAAACCAGCGUCAGCAUCAACACAACCGAAUUAACAAACACAACACGCACCAAACCCUUAAUCUUCGAAAUAUCCACCCACGAAAACGACCUCUUCGCACAACACCAAUCUCACUUCGCCGCCUGGGGAAUCCACUACCACCUCAAACCCUCCUCAUCAGAAGAACAACUCCGCCAAAAGCCAUCACACCACACCACCACCACCCUCACCAUAACAUCCCUCCCAACCCCCAUCGCAGAACGCUGCUCCAACACCCCCACCCUCACAAUCGACCUCCUCCGCUCCGAAAUCUACGACGACACGAAAAACCACAUCCCUCCCUCUGGUCCUUGGAUGAAUUUCCUCCCAAAUAUGCCAACUCACAUGCUCCAGCUUCUAAAUUCUCGAGCUUGUAGGAGUGCGAUCAUGUUCAAUGAUCGGCUGACGAGAUCCGAAUGUCAGGAGUUGGUAGGGAAGUUGGGGAAAUGUGUUUUUCCUUUUGUUUGUGCGCAUGGAAGGGUGGGAAUGGUUCCGGUGAUGAAAUCAGAGGAGGGAAGGUUCGAGGGGUUUGAUGUGGGUAAGAAGAUGUUCGGAGGUGAUGAUGGGGGAAUGGGCAAUGAUUACAGACGAGCAGAGAAAGGGGUGGAGAUUGCAGCUUUGAGAAAAUUCAUGGAGAGCAGAGGAGUGGAUUUGAUUUGAUGAUGACGGUAUUUUUUCCGUCUCUGAAGCUGUAAAUUCGUGGGUAUCUUCAUGGUCUGUUCUCAUGCUUUAGCAGCAGCAGUAGCGCACCGCGAGACCUUCCUUUCCAGCGCCGACGCUAAAUGCAAUCAAGUCGAAAAG